AUGGAGUUAGUUCCUCAGUGCCUACUUGCCUACCUACCUCCUAAUUUGGUAUCAGGAAGUCGUGUAGACAGGUGUAGGUCACCUUUUUACAUGAAAAGACCACAAAAAAUGUUCUUCGAAAAAAAAACUUUACGGCGUAUUCACGUGACAAGUUCCAAUCUUUUUUUAAGUAUUAAAAUGUUUUUCAUUUCAAUUGAAAAAAAAAUCAAUUUUCAAUUUUCCUGUCUGCUUCCUUUAUUUUGUCUCGUUAUUUGCGAAUACGGCAAAGAUUUAUCGGAACUUGGGAUUCAUUUUGACAACGCCCAAGAACUUGAAUUUCUGCGUGUCGAGAAUUUCAAGCACGAUUUUCUCCCGGAAAACUAUUACAGUGAUACGUGUCAAGUUGCAAAAGAUCUGUGCCAUCAGUAUUUGGAAUGCACGAAUAAUUGCCAUCGAUUGAUCAAGAAAUGGGAAGAAUUUCGAAGCAGAUGGCAACAGGAGCCAGCCUCCGUCAACCCGUGUGUGCUUAUGGAAAUUAAGUGUUCCGGAAUGAGCAACUAUGAUGCCGGACAACACCUGGAUGAUUUUUUAUGAAACAAUAAUAUUUCGAAAUUAAAGAAUAUUUUAUUAGUGUCCAAAUAUUCACAAAAAAAUCAGUUUAUCCAUAAAUAACUCUCUUAUAAA